GUUACGUUUGAAAGGUUAUGUUAACUGCUCUUUUAUAUUAAUUUUAAACUAAAGUGUUUUCGCGAAAUAUAUGAAGUAAACAUGAGCAAAGAAGAAAUCGUUAAAUGUCAUUAUGUUCCCUUAAGUAGUCUGAAACGAGCGGUAAACUUACUAGAGACUCCGAGUAAACCACACGACAAACGCUGUAAGAGAAAUCUUCUUCAGUUGCAAUUGGACAAAAGUUUGUAUGAGACUGAUUUAAGGAGUAAGAAAUGGAGGAAUGCCUACCAGAUGGCCCUGAGGCGCGCUAUCUAUUCUCAUGAUUGGGAUCAACUCGUCUAUCUAUUAAAAAAAUCACCAAUAUGGGAGCAUGCUUCUAAUAGAAAUGAUGAACUGCCCAUUUAUGUUAGAGCUUUAACAAUACUUCUAAUGAAUCAUCCAAGUUCGAAGUCACAAUCAUUAUUAAAUGACUACCUACACAUGGUCCAUUCCUGCCGAUCUGAUCAAGAUAAAAAAGCUGUUAUUAAAUCCCUGCUGACUUUACCGGACAAGAUCUAUGGACGAUAGUGUUUUGAUUUAAAAUAGUUAGAUGAAUUUUAAUUGUAUAAUGUUUUUAUAGGCAUUUAUAUACAUUAAGGUAUGAUGAUAGGUGAACAGACUAUACUAUUUUUUAUUAUUAAUGAUGUUAAUAUUAUUGUAAAAACUAAACACUAGUCUAUACCUUAUUCCAAUUGAAGUAGGACAAAAGAUAAACAAGGAUUAAGUUUGUAUAUUCCAAGCAAUUUUUCAAUAGUUUCGCUAUAUUAGACUAUUAACAGAUCUUGAUUAAUAUAUCUUAUGGUAUAAUACAACACCAUUCUACAUUAAUAAAUAUGUCUGCUUUAAAUUUACUUCCAAACAUCCAAUAAAAAUUCACCAAUAUUCAAAUUAUUAAUUUUAUAUAAUAUUUAAUAUUUUAUAACUAUAGUUAUAACGGCAAUAAUAAAUUCAACAAUGUGAAAUUCUAUACAAGUUGUUAAUAUCUGUCAAAAGAAAAAGGUAGGUAUUGUAUGUUCUAACCAGUGAGGUGCAGCUGUAUUGCACAAUUGGAUCUUGAAUCAUAGUUACGUAAACUGGAUUUUUUAUAAUAAAAAUAAUAAUAAUAAAUAACUAUAUUCACCGAAAAGAAACAAAGACAAAAUUAAGGUACAAAACCAUAAAAAAGAGUUAACAAUAUGAUAUUUGAUAAUUUGUUGAAAAGGUCGUAGUCUCAGGAAGGCUGCUUUUCAGUCUACGCCUUGUACAUAUGCUGCCAACACAAAAGUUACAUUCAGUGCAGUAAAAGGUAAAAGAAGAUUACUUAAAUAAUAAAAGUUAAUACAAUUUUAUAACACGCCCAAUAGGCUAAAAUAAAAACAUGCAAGCUUUACUAAAACGGAGAGGUUUUCUUUUUUUUUGAUUAAAUUCUUGGAAAAGGAAAAUAUUUCAUAUUAAAUAAAAGAAUAAUAAUAUUUAAAAUGUAUAAGCAAAUAAAGGCAUAUAUUUUAAUAAAUUACAAUCAAAAUAACAAUUAAGUAUUAAGUUUAGUUACACACAUUUGUCUAGACACAUUGCAUCUUUUGCAUAGCUAGAAGUCAUUGCUUGCAUUGUGCCUUAAACUUAUUUUGAGACGUACUGUUCUUAAUCAGAGGUGGGAUAUCGUUCCAACACUUCGAAGCUGCGAAACGAAAGCUACCUCUAAAAUUGCAAAUGUUGUCUAGGCAGUACUAGUUUUACUUUAAUAUGUAUGUAAUGUAAUGUAACCUAUUUAUUACUAUAUAUUUUUAUGAAAAUAAAACGUGUUUUUUUU